ACGACCUGCCUAGUGACACUACCAACAACCUCCAACAGGCGGCGCGAGCCUUGAGUUUAUUGGGAAAGUAAUCCCCGAAGCAUUGCGUACGCUUCUCUUAUCUUACCCACCGCCGGCACAACCUUGCAAUCACGUCACUGCCGAUGUCGGUGUCGUUUCCGGGCGGCGCCCUCUCUUCAUUAACUCGUCCACCUCCACCUGAACUUGGCGUGAGAGGAGUGCCUGCCUGUAUCAACUGCGCUUCUACCACGCAUCACAACGGAACCAGAAUUGAGAAGGGACCAUCACGGCGGUUGUUGAUGUGUGGACAAUCGACGAGGGACUGAACAUGAAAUGACGGGCGGCGCGUCAUCACAGCACAGCGACAGGCACAGCAGCAGUAGGCUGACCAGCGAUCGACACUGAAACUACCGGCUCAGGUAUGAAGUGUUCUUUUUUUCCCCCUUGUUUCGUUUCGUCUCCUUCUGUCCGCGCGAAUUCCCUUUUAGUUUCUACCUGAAUUUUAUGUAUCCAAGCAGAGAAAGAAAAAAAAAGAAAAAAGAAUCAGGUAGAAAUGAAUUGUGGUUUCCCCCAAGCAUGCAGGUCCAGGUUCUCUUCUCCAAAGAUCCCGUGGAGGCCGCUAACCAUUUGGCCUCACUUGGCCUCAAUGGGCCUCACUUACAACCCCUACGCUUGUCUCUCUUUGACGACGACUAAGCCUCAAGCCCCUCCAAAGGAGGCCAAACCAAGGCGUCAGGGUUGGGUUCAAGCCAACGAACUAUUUGGCGCGAGGAAACGGGCCUCACUUCUCAUCACACUUCAUCGCCGUCGUGCGGUGGUUUAAAUGCCCUCUUGCAGACGGUCUCCGCUGCCCAUCUGUCAUUAAGCUCGUCACUCCCUCAGCAUCAUCUCAUUUACACCAUUUGCACUUCACCACUUUCCGUUCUCUCAUUCUUUGAGGAUCCGAGAUGGCGUCCUCCGAUAUCUUGUCUCAGACGCUUCACACCAUCACAAGCGUGAAGCUCAAACAACUGGACAAGCAGAAGGCCUCGUACGAGUCGGGGAAGCGAGCGCUCCUGGACGAUGCGGCAUAUGAGACAGACCACUGCAAGCGCGCAAAGCUUUUGGUCGACGGCUCCGAGAAGCUCCCCGCCAUGAACUCCCUGGACGACAGCUCGCUGGUCUCCGUCGACAACCUCCGGCGCUUCGUGCAGCAGGCCGACUACGACCCGUGUGUCUCGGACGACCUUCUCGACGGCUACGAGAAGGCGAUGCGGAACGAGCUCGAUGUCCAGUCCGCCAGGUACCGCUACGCUGAGCUGUACGGCAAGCUCGUGAACGAAUGGAUCACCGCCGGCAAGGCCGCCGACGAACCGGACGGCUUUGUGCCCGUCGGCAGGGAGGAGAUGCACCGGCAACGGGCGACCUGGGAGCAGUACGUGUUUCGGGCCAAGGAGACAGACAGCAAUGCCAUCAAGAGCUACCUGGGCCAGCUCUUCAUCACAUCGACCAAGGACAUCCACCGCGCGUUCGCCGAGCUGAGGGGCCGCAUCUCCAAGUUCCAGGCAGGCUGGGAUAAGAGGACGCACUUUGACGAGACUUCCCUGAAGAACACGAUUCGGGGCCUGCUGCGGACCGACAUCCUCACGGACCAGAAGAGGACGACGCUCAACGACUUCCUCCGCAACGAUGUCGUCCUGAGCGAGAUCGCCGACGUCCUCAACAUGCGCAUGCAGACCCGCCAGACGUGGGCCUGGGAUGGCGCCACUGUCGUGGAGCAGCGACGCCAGCUCAACGGCCGCUACCGCUUCUACCCGGACGAAGACCUCCUGCAGGCCAUCUUCGUCUACCACGUCGGCAAGCAGUGGGCGGUCGAGAUGCGCGACGUUCUCGUGUCCUUUGUCCAGGCCCCCGGGGUUGACAAGGACGCGACGAAGCGCAUCGGCAAGGAGGAGCUCCGUCGGCUGCGGUUUUUCACUGGGGAAACGACCCCAGUCGAGAGCUCCCGAUCGGUGGUGAACCAACUCUCCGCACACUACAGGAACGAGGUGUUUCUGGACCAGCUGCCCUCGUGUGUGGCGGAGAAGAGGGGGGGUUACGGCUCGGACGGCGAGCGAAAGGCGGACGACACGCGCAAUUCGCACGUGGCCGUAGUGCAGAACCUUCUGCACCUCGUGCAGUCCGAGAUCAUCCUGGCCAAGCGGCUGGGGCACGAUAUCACCGUUAUCCGGUCGGACCUCAAGUGGUUCGGCCCCAGCGUGCCGCACUCGUCCAUCUUCGCGGUGCUUGAGUUCUUCGGCGUCGACGCAGAGUGGAUCGACCUGUUCCGACGGAUCCUCGAGUGUCCGAUGCGCUUCGCCCAGGACGCGCCGGACGCGCCGGCGCAUAUCCGGCGCAGGGGCACGCCCCUGAGCACGCCGCUUGCCGAUUUCGUGGCCGAGACGAUGCUCUUCUGCAUGGACUUCGCCGUCAACCAGCGGGCCGACGGGUGCCGCCUCUACCGGCUGCACGACGACAUGUGGCUCUGGGGCGGGCUCGAGACGUGCGUGCGCGCGUGGGAGACGAUGACCGAGUUCGUGGAGCUCGCAGGUCUCGAGUUCAACGAGGACAAGACGGGUAGCGCCAGGAUCGUGGCAGGCGGCGGCGGCGGCGGCGGCAGCCCAGGGGGGCGUGAGGCGAGCCAGCAACAGCGUUUGCCGCUGCCACCACCGCCGCCCCUGGCCGAGGGCUUGCCCAAGGGGGACGUCGUGUGGGGGUUCCUCAAGCUCGACGCGGCGUCUGGGCGGUUCCUGCUGGACCAGGCCAAGAUUGACGUGCACAUUGAGGAGCUUCGGCUGCAGCUGGGGGCGUGCAGGAGCGUGUUCGACUGGAUCCAGGCGUGGAACAUCUACGGGGCGCGCUUCUUCCGGACCAACUGCGCGCGGGUGGCCAACUGCUUCUCGCGGGCGCACGUGGACAGCAUGCUGGCGACGUUCCACCGCAUCCAGGCCAGGCUGUUUGGCGAGGGCGGGGCGGGCGCGCACCUGAAGCGGCUGAUCGGCGAGCGGUUCGGCAUCGUGGACGUACCGGACGGCUACCUGUAUUUCCCCGUGUCGCUGGGCGGGCUGGGGCUCGAGAACCCGUUCGUGCACCUGUACCUGAUCCGCGACGGCGUCAUGGCAGACCCGAACCGAAUCGUGGAUGAGUUCCUUGCCGAGGAGGCGGCGCAGUACCGACUGCUGAAGGCGGCGUUCGAGAACGCCGAAACCGAUACGGCGACGACGACGACGACGACAAUGCAGCUCGCGCUCCACCACCCGUGGCGGGCGUACGACUACAACGACUUGCGGAACGAGCCAUUCAUGAGCUUCGAUGAGUUCAGCCGGCACCGGCGGCGCACGUCGACGGCGCUGGGCCAGGCGCUCGAAAGGCUGCGGACGAUGCCCAAGGCCAGGACGGUCGGGCUGACGGGCGAGCUGGAGGCGGCGCUCAAGACAACGCCGGCAGGCUGGUACGGCCUCAGCGACUACGAGCGGUGGGUGUGCGCGCUCUACGGCAGGGACAUGAUUGCGCGGUUCGGCAGCCUGACGGUGGUCGACAAGGGCGUGCUGCCGACGGGCCUGCUGGACAUGUUGAGGCAGAGCCGGUUCAAGUGGCGCGGCUGAU